UGCUUCCUCUCUUUCACAUCUCCCAAACCUUACCUUAUCUAGGGUUAGGGUUUUGUUCCCUUCGAGUCCCUCUCUCAAUACCCAAACUGAAGAUGAUGCAGCAACCGGGUAUGGUACCACCUCCAAUGGCCCCGCCACCGUCUAUGGCGGGAGCUCCACCGGCCCAGCAACAGUACCAAUACCAGCAACCUCCGCCGGCUCCUCAGUCGCAGCAACCUUACAUGUACAUGAUGCCGCAUCAGAGUCAUCCUCCUCCGAUGUGGCCCCCACAUCAGGGUUCGGCUGGGGUGCCGGCUCAGCAACCGGCAUCGGGUCAAUCUGGUCAACCGGCUAGCGCAGAUGAGGUUCGGACUUUGUGGAUCGGAGAUUUGCAGUACUAUAUGGAUGAGAAUUAUCUCUUGAGCUGUUUUGCCCAAACUGGGGAGGUUGCUUCUGUGAAAGUUAUCCGCAACAAGCAAACGGGUCAAGUGGAGGGCUAUGGGUUUAUUGAGUUUCUUUCACGAGCUGCUGCUGAGAGAGUUUUACAAACAUACAAUGGUACACCCAUGCCGAAUGGUGAUAGCAACUAUAGGUUGAACUGGGCAUCCUUUAGUUCAGGUGAAAAGCGAGAAGAGUCCCCUGAGUUUACUAUCUUUGUUGGAGACUUGGCUGCUGAUGUUACAGAUUACAUGCUUCAAGAGACUUUCAGGGUACACUUCCAAUCUGUGAAGGGUGCGAAGGUUGUGACUGAUAGGGCCACUGGGCGCACAAAAGGAUAUGGGUUUGUUAGGUUUGGAGAUGAAACUGAAUACAAUCGAGCAAUGUCUGAGAUGAAUGGUGCUUUUUGUUCAACUAGGCCCAUGCGCAUAGGGCCAGCUACUAACAAGAAGAUUGGCGCUGCACAGCAAUAUCCAGCUGCAGCUUCAUCUCAAGGGAAUCAGAACGAGAAUGAUCCAAAUAAUACAACUAUAUUUGUUGGCAAUUUGGAUUCUGAUGUGACGGAAGAUCAUUUGAGAGAGGUUUUUAGCCCGUAUGGUCAGUUGGUGCAUGUGAAGAUUCCACAAAACAAGCGAUGUGGAUUUGUUCAGUAUGCUGAUAGGAGCUGUGCCGAAGAAGCACUGCGAAUAUUGAACGGGAGUCAGUUGGGUGGACAAAGUAUUCGGCUUUCAUGGGGCCGUAGCACCUCAGACAAACAGGCUCAACCAGAUCCAAACCAGUGGAACGGUGGAUAUUAUGGAUAUGGUCAAGGAUACGGUUAUGGUUAUGCUGCUGCACACCAAGACCCGAACAUGUACUAUGGAAGAUAUCCCGGCUACGGAAAUUAUCAGCAGCCUCAGCAGCAGCAGCAACAGCAGCAACAAGUCGGAUAUAGCUAAGCUGAAUCUCUCAUGGCUGCUGUUCUAUUUAAUAAUAUGAGGAACAUGUGUUCUGCUUGAUAUGUCCUUGUUUCACUAUGGAGGGCUAUAAUUUCAGGCUGUGUUAUUCUCCUUGCUAAUAGCAUGCAUACACUGUUUAAACCUUCCUUUUAUCACAAAAUUUUGUACUUUCUUGGUGUUCAGAUUUUAUCGUAUGGUUUUCUUU